UCUUUAAGAUUUGAUAUCAGAUGUUGAAGAACACAGUGAGAAGAAAAUUUUAAAUUUUUGGUGUUGCUCUUCCUUUUUAAGAUGAAAGAUACUUCACAUGUUGAUGCAAGUGGUGAAAAGGUCAAAGCAACAUGGGAUAAAAUGAAGACAAUAAUAUUUUGUGAUCUUUGCAUUAAGGAGAUAUUAAAUGGUAAUAGACCCGGUACUCAUUUUAGCAAAAAAGGAUGGAUAAAAAUAGUGAACAAUUUUGAAAAAGAGACAGGGAAGGCAUAUACACGAACACAAUUAAAGAAUAAGUGGGAUUUAUUGAAAAAAGAAUGGAAGUUAUGGAAAAAGCUUAAAGAAAAAGAUCCUGCACUGCGGUGGAAUCAUAUAAAAGGAACCGUGGAUGCCUCAGAAGAGUGGUGGGAGAGUAGGCUCAAGAUGGUGCCCGAAGCUCUAAGAUUCAGAACUGCAGGCAUUGAUCCUGAAUUAGAAGGGAAGUUGGACCACAUGUUCAGAGGGAUAGUAGCCAGUGGUUAUCAAGCAUGUGCACCUUCUUUGGAUAUAUUGCCUAGCGAUUUUGUUGAGCAUGGUGAUAAUGAUACACUUGAAGAAAUUCAGGAAGAAAAUACAUUGGAUGAUGUUCACAUAUUAAAUCAAGUUGGAUACGGUGAAAAUAGUGAAAGUCCUGGAAUUCAAUAUGUGCCUGUAGAACAUGUGCAACAGAAACGAAAAUCUGUUGAGAUGGGAUCUUCUCAUUUUAAGGCUGCUAAAAGUAAAUCCGCAAAACAAGUUGGAGGGGAUGAAAAGUUGCCUAAACAAAUGAAUAAACUAUGCAGUUCAGCUGACAAUAUGAGUCGAGCCACAUCUAGUUUGACUCUUGACAUGGACUCAUUUUUCAUUCAACAAGCAGUCAAAGAACUUGAUGAGUUAUCAGAGGAAGUUCCAAAAGCUAGUGAAUUAUACUUUUUUGCCCUGGAGCUAAUAAUGAAUAAAGAGAAACGAGCUGUUUUCUUAUCAAUUUCUCCUGAUAUUAGAGUCUGGUGGCUUAAAAGGAAAAUGGAGGAGAGUUCAAAAUUUUCUAGUCAUCUUGGUACUUGAGAUAUACAACUCCAAAUUUCUCUUGGACAUUGAUAAGUGUCAGUUUUAUUUAAUAUUUUGUUUAACUUGAACAUUAGGAAGUGAAACCUAUGUUUAAUCUUUGGUUUGUCUUGGACACUAAUAUGUGCAACC